AUGGACAAGGCCAAGGCAGCUAUCACCGACUUCAUGGGCCGCUCCGGUCACCACGACACCACUGUCCACGAGGCAGUUGCCCCCGCUGUUCAGCACGAGGUCAUCAAGCCUCACGUACACGAGGAGAUCAACACUGCUAUUGACAAGGAGGUUCACCAGGACCACUACCACCGCACUGUCCAGCCCGUCCACGACCGUGAGGUUCUACCAGAGCAACACACUGCCAAGCUCGGUGCCGUUCAGCACCGCGAAUUUGACCACCGCGAUGCCGAUGCCACUAAGAGGGCCUUGAUCGACGACCAGGCUCGCUUUGCUGACGAGCGCCGCAUUGAGGACACCACCCACAGCCAGAGUGUUGCCCCUACUGUUGGCGGAGAGCACGUCCACCAUCACAUCCACGAGACUAUCCAGCCCGUUGUUCAAAAGGAGACCAUCCAGCCCAACGUUGUCCACACCACCGUCCCCAUCCAUGAGGUUCACCAUAACAAGGCUACCCACCAUGAGACUACUGCUCUCCCAGCCAUGACCAUGGAGCAGUUCAAGGCCAAGGGCGGUGCUCUCACCGGCCGCGAGGAGCGCUACGAUGAAUUUGAGGGUGUCCCCAAGAACAUCGGUGGCGCUGGUGGCAUCGGCGCUGCUGCAGGUCUCGCCCACAAGACCACUUCCCACGGCCACGAGCACGCCCGCCACGGCGACUACGACGCUACCCCCAACCACCACAGCGAUGCUGGCCUGAGGGAGGGAGGUCUUACUCACAACUCUACUAGUACCGGUACACACAAUCCCCUUGACCGCAACAACGACGGCAAGGUCAGCGCCAAGGACUUGACUGGUAGCCACUCCAACACCUCCAGCGGUGUUGGUGACCGCAACCACGACGGCAAGGUCGAUAGCCAGGACCUCAGGGACCCUGCCCGCAGCGGCAACCACGGUGCUACAGGUACGAAAGACCCCAGUGGACAUGUCGUUGGCGGUACCGACAAGGGCCACAUGGAGCACCGUCCCAACGAGGAUGGCAGCUUGCCCAAGGCCCUUACCGAGGACCGCUCAAAGGCCAUCCCCCACUCCCAAGCAUCCGAAGAGGAAGCGCGGAAACUACAAUCUGAACAUGAGGCCAACAAGAAAUAG